AACUUCAAAAACAUACAGCGUUCUGUCCUAAAUUCCUGCUUAGAACUGCGAAGUCUGGGUUACAGCGGCAGUCGGAGCUUUCAUAGGGCAGUCCUGAGUACCCUGCAGUUCGCUUAUAAAGGUGACAAGAGUAACUACUAUUGCUUUGUACAUACGCUAUAGUCUUACAGCUUAGAGCCGGCGAAGAUCAGAUAGUACCUACUUGCUUAGCAAGCACUUGUAGCCUAUCGUAGUCGUUAGUAGGCUAAAAUGCUGCAAAGGCUGCCACGCCUGCUCCGACUCGGCAGCGGCGCGGCGGCAGCUUCGGGAACUGGCUGUCGGCGUGCCAUGCAGUCGGAGGCGAAGAACGCCCACAACGUCCUAGACGAGGUAGCCAAGGCGCGGAUUAGGCGGAUUAAGAGCCAGCUUGAGGCCACCGGCGAGCUUCCAUCUGAGCCCCUCCCCGGCGUUGGCUGGCGUAUAGCACGCUUUGUUUGGAGAACGUUGUUGCUGGGCACGGCCACCACCGGCGCAGCUGCUACCUACUACACGUACGCGUAUGACGUCCCAGAGCUCUCAAAAAUCGUCAAGGAAACCCGCGCGGAGACCAAGGAGCAACCGCUUUACCAAGCAUGGUGCGACAUGAUGGAGCGCUACCUCAACAUCCGGAAGAAUAUGGAGGCGCAAAUUAAGGAGUUUACCGACCCCGCCACCGACAAGCUCCUGCCAGACCUCCACCCCCAGCUUCGCGGCAACGUGAUCACGCUGGUGUUGGACCUCGAUGAGCUGCUGGUGUGGAAGGAAUGGACCCGCCAGAAGGGCUGGUCCAUCUACAAGCGCGCCGGCGUGCAGGAAUUCUUGCUUGACUUGGGGCAGUACUUUGAAAUUGUGAUCUACACGGACGAGCCGGCCACGUACGCGGAUCCCAUCCUCAACAAGCUGGAUCCCCAUCGUGUGGUGCCGUUCCGGCUGUACCGCACAGAUACGCAGUACAAGGACGGCAAGCAUGUGCGCGACCUGUCCAAGCUGAACCGGGACCUCACGCACGUGCUCAUGGUUUCAUCUAAGCCGGAGGCGUGGGAGUUCCAGCCGGAGAACGCGCUCAAGCUGAAGCCCUGGAAGGGCGAGCCCCAGGACACCGGCCUCAUCGACCUCAUACCCUUCCUGCAGUUCCUGGCCAUGCGCAAAGUUAAGGACGUGCGAGAAGUGGUGAAGUCGUACGACGGAGUGGAGGACAUUCCCGCCGCCUUCAAGGCCCGGCUGCAGGAGGCAGCGUCGCACCAGAAGACGACGACGACGCAGAAGCGGGGAAUCCUGGGCUUCGCUCGCUAGAUGGUUGCUAGGCGGUGGUGUGGUGUGGCGGAUGCGGCAGGGUGGGGUUGCUUGUGGGAAUGGUAGGAUGGAGGGUGGCGUGGUGGCUGCCCGGGCCUCUUCUCGAGCUUUUUCUUCGUGCUGGAUCACGUUGCGGCUGGGGAGGCGUGUGGGGGGUUGGCGGCAGGGAAAGGGAGGGGUGACGACUGUGACUGCCAUGCGGUGGCGAGCUGGGUGCGGUUGCGGAGGGAUGGUGGCGGUGGUGGUUACAGAGGGAUGGUGGUGUGAUGGAGGGUUACGCGGCCUUGGGGCCGUGAGGCGGAUUACUUGGGAGAAGACAGCAGCUAUUUGAUCAUGUUUUGUAAUCUUGUUGGACAAGGGAAAUAGUUCAAAGCGCAAGUAACAUGUACUGGAUCGCUGGGAUUAAGAUACAUGGACGCAGGUGUCGGUGUUGCAACCAUAUUUGUAGCGGGACACAGACCUUUCCAAGGUUCCUGGUUGUGCCUCGGGGGCUUGGAAGGCGGUUUCGCUGAGGUGGCUGCCGAAUGGUUGCUAGACGCACAAGCUAUGGGGCAAGAACCGAAUGGCAUGCGGACGCGAGGUGCACUCUCUAAGUCUCUAUGUUUGGAUGAAUGCGAAAUCUGUGAAGUUCGCAGUACCUUACACUGUUACCGUGAUGCGUAUCACCGUUUGCUUCGUGACCCGUGGGACACUCAACCGGUUGCAGAUUGCUGCAGCCGCUCCUCAUGCGAUAGGGCGGCUUUCACGCCACCCUAUUCAGCAAACAUGCGAGAGUGGCGCACAGCCGAAGCCUCCAUCGACUAACGCGAAAAGGAGCAUAACAAGUGCUCCGUCCACAGCAGGGUAAGGUCCUGAAUUAACCAACAUAGUCCACCUCGUCGAAACGAGUUAGGCAUCGUUACGGUUCUUC